AUGGGAUCAAAUAAUAUCAACAGUAUAGAUGAUACUGAUGAAUGCAAUGAUGUGACAAAACGCAUUAAAAUCAUUUUAGUCGGUAAUUCAAAUGUUGGUAAAUCAAGUUUAGUACAAUCAUUUACUAAAAAAUCUGGUGACAACGAGUCGGUUUCUACUGUUGGUACUGAUUUAAAAUUACAUGAAAUGAGAUUGAAUGGUGAAUUAAUUAAACUUUACAUUUGGGAUACAGCUGGUACAGAACGAUUUAAAAAUCACAUGUGUCCAUCAUAUUUUCGUCAUGCACAAGGUGCAUUAAUAGUAUAUGAUAUAAGUUGUCCAAAAAGUUUUGAAGAAUUAAAUUCAUGGAUAAAAAUGAUUGAACAACAUUCUGGUAGUCGACUAAUCAAAGUGAUUAUUGGUAAUAAAACUGAUUUACCAGCACGUGCAAUACCUGUACAAAAAGCUGAAGAAUAUGCUAAAAGUAUUAAUUGUGCAUAUGUGGAAACUAGUGCAAAAACUGGACUACAUGUGAAACAAGCUUUUUUAACAUUAGUACAUUCGAUUAUUGAAAAGAAAUCCAAUGAAUUAAAAACUCGAAGAACUAGUGUCAGUUUACAUGGCAAACCGGUAAAACGUAAAGCACCUUGUUGUAUUCGUUAA